CCUGAGAGGAGGGAGGGGAAUGGAUCUUUUCUGUGUGAGACGCCGGCACUACCUCACACUGCUCCUCACCACCUGUCUUUGACUUAGUGAGCACAGACGGGACAGAGAGGAGGGCUGCACUGCUUACUCUGUCUGUUUAUCUACCAGCAGUCUUUUUUUUUUUAAAACAUUUCCCCCACCCCUCUGGCUGUUUUCUUCCUACCUGUGGUGCUUCGAUGCAGAAGUGAAAGACAGGGGGAACGUUGCUCCUCGGCCAGUGAGAGCUCUGAUGGGAGGCAGCUUUGACUCUGGCUGGGACUGGGGAUGCUGAACGGAGGGAGGGAGGGCCUCUUUGAGCUGGGACAGCAGCUCCAGCAGCAGGGGGAGUACCAGGCCGCCCUCCACUGCUUCCUCAGCUGCCUGUUGGGACUGACCCAUGUGCAGAGCUUCACCUCUCUGCCCAACUGCCUGCACCAGAUUGCUGAACUGUUCAUCACUGAAAAGAACUAUGGGAAGGCCCUCCAGUUCAUCCAGGCAGAGAAGAUGUUCUACGAAGUGGCGUUGAUCGAGCUCACCGCUCUUCAGGGAAGCCCAGGGCCUCAGGAGGAGGCCACCCUGGGCUCUGCAGGAUGGACAACUCCAGAGGAACUUUCAGAGCAGGCCUCUCAAGCGCAGCACCUCGAGCGGCUGGCUCAGCUCUGCAUCAUGAGCAAACAACCUCAUCUUGCCCUGGAAUACAGCGGCAAGGCUACAAAGAUUCACCAGAGGACCUUCGGUAAUGACCACCCAAUAACAGCCAGGAGCCUGGAGCUCAUGGCAACCGUCUACGCUGAGAUCGGAAAGACUGAAUAUUCAGAUUCUCUGGGCCAGUGCGUGUCGGCGCUGUCCAAACGCUUCGCCGCUGCAGAGACCCUCAGAGACACGGUCAACUGUCUUCCUCAUUCCCACCGCGAGAAAACCUCCGAGGUGCGUCACAGAAAAGAAGCCCACCACCAACAGGAGGACGCACUGAAACCUAAGGUAGCCAGUGUCAAAGUCCCUACCUCCAUUCUAAAGAGGCCAAAUCCCAACUAUGGUUUGGACACAGAGCCCAGCCACAGACGGAAAGGCGAGCGCAGGGUUCGAUUCAGGGAGCCAGAGACCACAGUACAUGACAUUUACUGUGACCCUUUAGGUGCCUAUGAGACGACGUCGGCCCGGCCCCAUCUUGCCCUGUUCACCUGCCUCUUCCUGCUAAUGUCAUUCCUCGGCGUGGCGAUGUACUGCACCGAUCGCCGGCGGCCGCAGAGAGCAUGCGAGGAGCUGGAGGCCGCUUUGGCCGUCUACCUGGUGCACAUGAAGCAGCUCCUGUGGGGCUGCUGGAUAUGGCUGACCAUGCAGUGACUGUGACACACCACAGAUGAAGACAUGGAGCUUAUGUUUUUUUUUUUUAUUUCCUUUCUUUAUAUCUCUGAAGGUACCCAGGCCCAUAAACAGACUAGCAAUCUCGGAAGGCUAUGCCACGGCGCAUUUCUCUCUCUGAAAAGGGAAUAUGUAAUCCCAGAAAGAUGUAGCAUUCAUGUCUGUAUGUAUAUAUCGGUAUAUAUGCACUACAGUUUGGAAAUGCCACUCCAUAUAUAAACUGCAAAAAAUAUUUGCACAUUUGCAACAAUAAUGCUCACGUAAUCCCCACAAUGGUUUGAUUCUUGAGUUCAGGUUAAAGUCUUUUGCCUGUGAGAGGACGUUUCCAAGGAAUGCAAAUAUUUAUUUUAUUACAGAACACUAUUUGUGUAUGUUCUAUAUCACAAACAACUGAAUGUGUAUAUAUGUCUCAAUAUACUAAGGUCUAUCGCUAUCAGUAUUUAGCCUUGUAAUUCCAUAUUAAAGAAUGUACAGAUGUUUGAAAAUGUUGCAACUGUGCCCGUCUGCAGGGCAAAGGGUCGGUUGUUUGGCGUUAUUCUGUUAGAGAGUGAACACAGGGCUACAUCACUUCACAGUACGGGGUUAAAUGAGACGGAAAACACGUUGUUCUUUCUCGACUGUCUGUUCCUUCCAGAAUAUAACAUUUGUAGCACAUUAUAGUUAUUGAAAGAGCAUAGACUCAAACUACAAUGUCUUGCAAAAGCCUGUUUGUUCUCUUUUUGUCAGGUUUUAUCUGUUUAUUGGAAUUGUGAAAGACAGACCGACGCAAACUAGUGCAAAAAAGAGAGAAAAGAGAAUAAUGCUGGAUUUUUUUUAGAGGUAUCAGUGUGACAGAGGCUGAAUGAAUACCAAUGAGGUCAAAUGUAUACCUCACCAUUCCAUGUAUUAAGCUUAUUUUUAUCUAAGUUGAGCAUGCACAAAUUUAUGUUUUUGCAUGCAUUCAGCUCCUUUCACUCUGGUUACCCCUACAUGAAACCCAGUGCAACCAAUUCAGACUGACUCUCACUUUUACCAUUUUUUAUUUUCCACCCACCUCACAAUUAUCCUCUAUUUUAUGUUGAUCUGUUGUGUAAAAUCCCACCAAAAAAGAAUUAAAGAUUGAACCUGUCCAGUGACAUAUUUUUUUCCCUUUUGGGGUGAGGGGCUGAAUGCUUUUGCAAGGCAAUGUAUAUGAAGGCUGAUAGUUUAAUAAAUCCCCCUCUCUCAAUUGCCUGAUACCCCUAACCCUCGAACCCCACAUUUAUACGUCUGUCUCCUACUGUUUGUCUGCAUCAACGUAAGAAUCCAAAAUGUUUAUUUAAUUUUUUUAAUUUUUAUUUUUUUUACUGUCUUGAGACAUUUAUAUUUUCAGCUGAAAUUGGUUUAGUUGUGAUUUCAAAUUCCAUCCUGUUUGUAUUUGGAUGAGAAGGAAAAACCCGAAACAAUCGAGGCCAAACACAGAGCCAUAUGCGAGCCAGUUACUGGAUUUAUUGUAGGUAUGAGUCAAACAUGAGUCCCUUUAUUGAAUGAAGCAAAUAAAUUCAGAAAAGCAGCCAAACUUGCACACAAAUGGACUCUAAGGGCAGAGUGUUGCACAUCCAACAUACCUCUUGUUAUGAGCAAUAACACACACAGCACAGUUCGCAUUAAAACAGUGCUCUCUGUAUGACAGGUUUCAGGGAACUUAACAUGAUCGUGUUUGAUUGUGGAGAUCUCACAUUUGAAUUUCGAAGCAAUGUAUGGCAAAGCAAUUCCCGCUUAGAGGUGGGGAAAAAAGAACAACAAACCCACAGCUCCGUACUGUCAACCUAAAUUGUCAUUAGCAAUAAAAAGGAUUCCCAGUAAACCCACAUCUUGUAUGUGCACACUUAGCUGCUUUUUACUGCUGUCUGAACAUUUAUGGUCACUUUGAAAGAAGUGCCUUUACAGAGGGUUUUCUUAGUUCCUGUUGUUUUACGGUUUCAAUUGUUUUGAAUAAAACUGUCAUUGCCUAUCAAAGUUACGGUA